AUGUGGAAAAUUAUUUUAUCUGCCGGCGGAGUUGGAUCUUAUAAUUUGUCGAAAACGGCGUACAUCGAAGGACGCAUUAAUCACACGGUGCUCUUGCCCUGCGGAUUACCAGAGUAUAGCACUUGGGAGCGUAUAUGGGAAACAAAUGAUGAGGAUUUGUUCCCCAACCCCGAAUAUCAGCAGUUAAAUCCAAAUGGAAGUCUCACAGUUCGUGUUCGAAUGGAAGACUCUAGUAUCUUCUACCGUUGUGUGUUGUUUUCCGCUGACAACUCUGAACCCAUGCGAUAUGUGGUAAAUGAAAGGCGGCACAAUAUUACGGCAGAUUCUGUUGUGGAAUGCCGAGCGGAAAACAAACUGGGCUAUCAACAUGACAAAGCGUUCAUCAAAGUACGACCUGGUACCGAUCGGGGUAGUCUUGGAACAAAUUCGGAUGCCGAAGCAAAGAAGCCCACUGUGUUCACCAAAUCCGCAAGCAUUAAUCAGACCAUCUUACUUUCUUGUGGCCUGCCCGAUCGUGGCGAAAAACGUGAACGGUUUUGGACGGUGAGACAAGAGGCCGUAGUCGAAACUCCCGGUUACCGUGAAGUAAAUCCCAAUGGCAGUCUGACUCUUCGCGUCCGAUCCGAGGAUUCCGAUCAUCUGUACAUUUGUACUGCUUACAUUCCUGGUACUUUGGUUCGGCAGACCUACGUGUAUAGUAUUUCUCUGAUGAUCGCCGCAUCUUUGCUCCAAUCGGUUGAAAAUGUGACGCUGGAUUGGGGUUCGAUAUACACCUUUCCUUGUGUGUUUGGUGGCACCGGGCACCGUACGGAUCAGAUGAUUUUUAACAAUCGAGUAGUGACAGAGACGAAGCAUAAUGUUACCGAAGAUUCUGUGGUAGAAUGUUAUGUAAAGAAUGAACUUGGUCACCAGCGUGACAAGGCGUUUAUCAAGGUACGACCUGGUUCGAAAGCUUGGGCGCAAAAAUUCGGUCCUCCUACCGGAGACUAUUGUCAACCUUAUUCAGUGGCCCUGAAUAGCUCUUCCACUUGUUUUCAUUUCUUGGACGAAUUGUCGAAGUUGGAUUCACAGCCUUAUCUUGUAUCCCGGUCGCGUUUAUCUUUCGCGGAAAAUGUCGAACAGGCAUUGACCAAAUUGUUCCGUGCGUGGGAUCUUCUCCUUAUAGAGAAGCAAUCCUUGGCCAGUACCCAGACAGACGUCACCAGCUCCGAUUCGAUUCACUCGGAGCAACAUGCAGUUUCUUUUACCGCAUGGCGAUGUGUCGAUUGGGCCAAGCGGCUAACAUGCGCACUUGCCUAUCCCCGAUGUCGAUCAUUGGAUUCUACAUCGAGUGCUUCCAGUCGACCAAACAAGUUCUACGAGGACUAUCCUAUUUGUCGGGCAGAUUGUUUAACUGUCACCGGAUUGUUUUGUCUGGCGCGCUUGGACGUUUCAUGGAAUAUGUCGGCUUUGGAUCCGCUCGAUUUUGACAAAUACGGGUCACAGGAACCAGAUCAAACAGGUUGGACCCAACUGCUUGAUGUCCCAGAGGCCCGAAGUAGUCAUCUUCCCAUAGGCGAGUUAGCGAAACAAAUACACAGUGCCAGAUCAAGUGUGAUACGCACCUGUUUCGAUCACCCGGGUUCUAGCCCAGUUGAUUCGUCCAGGCACGUGUGUACACGGCUUCCCUUGGAGACUGCACACAUUUCUCAUGAUAGCAAGCUUCGAAGAAAAAGCAAUCAAUCCUACAUAAACCCCAGCACCGAUGACAUUAACUGUCUGGUGGGAAGUGGUAUGAACUAUCGGGGCUCAGCGACAACUCCUGACUGCCUACCAUGGGCAGCGUUCUACAGCCAAUUCGGUCAACUCUCCGAUGCCAGUGUACUGAGUAACACUUGGCCCGGUCUUUCUGCUCUGAGCAUCCACACAUUCCCCCGGAGUCUAGACACAGAGGCCAGUUCCUCUGCCGUCUGUCGCAAUCCGCUGGGUCUUGCUUCUAAACCCUUCUGUAUUGGUCCAGUAAGUAAUCGGUCUCGGACAAACGCGAUUAAGAAAUCGACACAUUGGUCAAUCAUACUGUGCGACAAUAUUCCCUUGUGCUCAACCGCUAAUGAGACCUUGUUUGACGCGUAUUCACCUGUCGUCAUAACGCAAGACCAAUCGGCCGAGCUAAACGCAGCAAAAGUUCAAGUAAGCUAUUUUUUAUAA